AUGGAUCCACAUAUUGGUGAUCGCCUUUCUGUUGCAGGUCAGCAUUGCACUGUCCGCUAUGUCGGAUUGAUACCUCAAUGGAAGGAUGAGAAAGCGAUAGGUGUAGAAUGGGAUGAUGAGAAUCGCGGGAAGCAUAGCGGUAUAGUUGGAGGAGUUGAAUACUUCAAGACUAAAGCCCCAAAAGCUGGCUCUUUUGUCAAAGAGGCAAAAGUGGCACGCCCGAUGAAAGACAGGAAGUCAUUCGUGGACGCCAUCUCCAAUGUCUAUUUUGAAGAGCCCGAAAGCUUUCAGGAUGUAUACUUUGGGUCCAAGAGAGCAGAGAUGUUUGGCCUAAAAGACCUGAAUGCGAGAAACCGAGAUAUCUUGCAGUUGGAAAGAAUAGAUCUUUCGAAAAGACAAAUAUAUUCAAGUGGCGAAGUAAGCAAGCUCAAUAAUCUUAAGUCAAAGCUCAAGAGGCUGAAGCAGCUGGAUAUCUCAUACAACUUAUUCACUGAUAUGAGAGAAGCACUUAGUAUUGUGCGUGGUAUCUCAAGUCUUACAAGCCUCGAUAUCAGCGGCAAUAAGUUUGCGAGCUUUGAACUUGACAGAGAAGAACAGGCACCAUUCAUUGAAGUAGUGAGUCUAAACUAUUGCAACAUGUCGGCUACGCUUAUCACUAAGGCACUUUCUCUGUUUCCUAACCUGAAAAUACUGAAUAUCAACGGAAAUGACCUUGAAGAGUUAUGCCUAGAUAGUCUUGCAUCCCCAAUGAUAGAAUUGAGCUUGUCUGAAAACAAGUUGAGGGAAAUACCGAGUUGUAUCAGCAAGUCGAACAUUCAGAAUGUGAAUCUGUCUUUUAACCCGAUAUUUGCUAUUUCACACACCGAUUACUCACAAACCACCAAUCUUGAUAUCUCCUAUUGUGAAUUCAGUACAUGGGAUAUUGUGGAUGAUCUUUGUAUUUGGUUUCCGAAUUUGAAGAGCCUUAGAAUCAACAACAAUCCCCUUACGUCAAAUGAAAAGGGGAAUGACGCAUACCUUCAACUUGUUGGUCGCAUUAGACAACUUGAGUACUUGGACGGUACGUUUAUCGCAGAGAAAACCAGAGGUGACUCCGAGCUUUACUUCAUGUCACGAGUGUCUAAGGGUUUAGCCAGGAUUGAUGAAAAAGGGCAACAGUGGAAGUAUCUAAUCGAAAAACAUGGUCAAAUUGUUCGGAAGGCUGAUACGGAAGAUAUAGCUUUAGGACUGCAGGUUUUGAGACUCAAAAUAUUCUUCGAAAGCAAAGAAGUUCAAAUAGUUCACGCAUUACCCUGUUAUUCCGUAAGAUACUUAAAAACUGUCAUAUCGAAUCUCAUUUCCUUGCCAAUACUCGAUUUCAAGCUGAAUUACGUUUCAUUAAAUGGUGUUAUACAAGAGUUCAAUUUCGAGUUCUCACCAAUAAGUAUGUACAAUUUGAACAAUGAUGGUAGAAUUUGUGUAAUUAAGACCACUGGCUAG